AUGAAUCGAUAUUUAAUUUCAUCGAUUUCAAGUGGUGUCUCAAAAGUACAGAGACAACAACAGCGUACUCAGAAGUUGUAUUGUAGUGUGGUCAAUGGCUGUGGUGGUGGUGUAAACACACGAUUUGGAUAUGGAAAUGGUGGUACUAAUAGUAUGAUGGUUACAUCCUAUCAGGAGAGAUCGGCGUUGAUGAACGGUUCAUCAGUGCAAUUGCGUUACAACUUUAUCACUGAUUUCUUUCAGAACUACAAGAGUUUGAUCAAUGAAACACCGGAAUACAGAAAGAAUAUCGAUGAUUUCAAGUUACUCUUUGGAAUAAAGCCGAAACCACCUGUCACCGAUGCUGACCAACAACAAAAGAACAACGAAGGAUACACCGGUCCAAAGAUGGAUUUUGGAACUGGACAACAACAACAACAAACAACUACAGAUGGACAGCAACAACAGCAACAACAAGGACAAGAAGGUGCAGCUGCUGAUGGACAACAACAACAACAACAACAAGGACAACAACAGGAACAAAAGAAAUACUCAUCGAAAGAAGAGGAAUUAAGAGAUAAAUAUAAGGAAUACUAUAAGGAUUAUGAAAAGAGACAGAAGGAAGCGGAUGUCAUGUCAAAGAUCAAGGGUGAGAUUACACCAGAUCAAAAACUGCAACUGGAGAACGCCUACAAAGAGACACUCGGUGUUCGUCCACCAUAUCCACCAUUCCAGCCAACCAACUACGAGCUCAUCUCCACCGAUUUACGUUCACAGGCAUUUGUAGAUCGUUUGAAACUACCGCUCUACUAUGACACCAGAAUGAAUCUCGCCGAUAUGACAGAGGAAGCGAUCGAUGCCGCCGACGAUGAUCACCUGCCAGACCUGAUCAUCAUGCUGAAGCAACGUGAACAAGAGUUCCGUGAAAAGGGAAUGGAUCCACCCGAAGUCGAUUGGGAUUCAAUGACCUCAGUAGAGCAAUUCGAUGAAUUACCUGAUAUGUAUAAAGAUAGUUUUGCUCCAACAGAAGAAGAGUUGGCCAAGUUGGAAGAAUUGAAAUUACCAAUUCCAGUGGAAAAGGAUGCUAUGUAUUGGAAGAUACAAAACCAUCAGAAAUGGCUGGAUCGUUUGGUCAAGGUCACUGAAUACCUACCGACAUUGGGUGGAAACUAUUUCUACUUUUAUUUGAACAAAUUCUCACAGAUGAUCACCUCUGACCCAACCACAAAAUUUUAUAUGGAUUACAAAGAUAUCUUACUGCCAGGUUUCGAAUUAACUAAAUUCCUUGAAAUUUCAAAACAAAUAUUUAUUCCAGAGUUUUUGAAACUUUUCUUGGUUGGAAAUGUAGAGGAGAUGGAUACUUAUUGUAGUGAGACUGGUUUGAAGAUCGUAUCUGGAUUCAUCAAGGCCAGAGAGGAAGGACACAAAGUAUUGGAUGGACAACUGUUGUCACUCGAAAACUUUGAGUUCCAGGGUAUUCGUCAGACCGAAGAUGACGAACUACUGUUUGUCUUUAGAAUGCAUGUUAUUAGCACACAUUGUAUUAGAGACUACCUUUAUAAUAUAGUUCAAGGUGGAGGACCUCAUUCUGAAUCAAUUUAUCUCUAA